GGCUAUCUCCGUCAUAGGCAUUAAAUGUUAAGUGGUUUGACUUUGGUGAAAGUCUAAAUUGGUUUGACCGGUGGUCAAAGAGUUCAUGAGAAACCCGUAACACCUAAAUCGUUUUGAAAAGAAAGAAAAUAAGUUGACUGUUGGUCAACCGUCUAAAGAACCGAAUGUAAAGUUGAAUUGAUUUUUAUUAAAAGGAUAAACAUAUGCACGAUCUUAAUUGUUGAAUUAUUAUGUUUAUUCUUGUGCUACAAUGGAGUACCACUCAGCGUCAAUGCUGAGCGGAUAGCGUUGUUUUCUUUUGCUGUCCGUAGGUGAUCAGACAGAUGAACCUAGAGCCGAUCCCAGAGGGCAUUGAGGAGGAGAUGUACGAUGGCGUGGCUGUCUCUUUAAUCUGUUGAUUAUGCUUUAUUUAAUUAACUUUAAUGCUUAUUACGUUUUCGGGCAAGAUCCCAAGUUGUUUGACUUUAAAAAGGCUUCCGCAUUAUUUUAAAUUACUCCGAUGGAUUUUUAUAUGUACUGAUAGAACGUUUGUUUAAAAUUGUUUUGAAAAUGUCGCAAAUUCGGAUACCAAUUCAGUAGCACACCGGUCCGCUGUCUCACGGGUUUGGGUCAUGCGGGUUGGGGUGUUACACCAUUCCCUUCGGUUUACUAGAAGUAUAUAUCGACCGUGAUCGUGCGCGGGGGAGACGAUUGCAGAUGAAGUUAUUGACAACCCUGACUCUGAUGAUGAUGAAGAGUACAUUCCUUCGGACGAUGACAUUGACACAGAAGAACAUUGGAUCCAUAAAAUGGAAGCUGAAGCUGGUGAAAGGGGAAUUUCUUAAAGGGUACCGAAUGUUACCUGUCACUGCCAUUUUAUCCAUGUCCUAUGCCAAGAUGGUUGAAUCGUUUGCUAAAAGGUACAAGCUUGGGACAAUCAAAGUUUUGAAGGUGAAGGUUCAGAGGACAGAAAAAAUGAUGGAUGCUGAGUGGGCCAAACACCGGAAGAACGACAAACCAGAAAAAUUGUCAGAAGAAGAGUGGGAGGAUUUGAAGGACAUGGCAACAAGUACAAUAUGCCUAUGCCUUGCAAAUAAUACGCUUCGGGAGGUUCUCAGUUUGACGGACUUGGUGGAUAUUUGGGACAAGCUGGAGAGUCGGUACAAGUCGAAAUCGUUGACAAGUAGGCUAUACUUGAAGAAACGAUUGUUUGGUCUCCAAAUGGCGGAGAAAGCUAACUUUAAUGGACACUUGGAUAAAUUCAACAAGAUUACAACAGAGUUGGAUUCCAUUGAUGUGAAGAUUGAAGAGGAGGACAAGGCGCUGCUUUUGUUGGCCUCAUUGCCUUCAUCUUUUGACAACAUCGUGACCACGCUCUUGUUUGGAAAAGAAACCUUAAAAUUUGAUGAAGUAGUUGCUGCGUUGUUGAUGAACGAGACUCGGCGGGGUGGCAACGGAGUAUCAAAUGACAGUCAAGCUUUGGUAGCAGAAGGGGCUGUUAAGGAACAAUUUGAUACGUAUCAAACUUGUGAUGGGAGUGCUGUGAAGAUGGAAAAUGGUGCACGGAGCAAGAUUGCAGGGGUCGGAACAGUGCAAGUUCACAUGUUUGAUGGCGUGGUGAGAACAUUAACUGGAGUGAAACAUAUACCGGGUCUAAAAGGAAAUUUGAUUUCAUUGGGGGCUUUAGAUUCAGAAGGCUGCCGAAUUUUUGCUCAAGGUGAAGUGUUAAAAUUUUCAAGGGGAGCAAUGGUGGUAGCAAAAGGAGUUUUGUCAAAUGACUUGUUUAAACUUGUAGGAAAAGAUUUGACACGGAAGCUGUCAGAAGGAAAAAUUACAAGUGCAGCAAGCGGAGCAUUUGCAUGGAAGAAGCGGAUGACGUUUGAAGCUUCUCAGGUUGGUGGAGACUGUGACCUUGCUGGAACGAGCGUGGUGGAGCCGGACCAUGGUUUGGUUAAUUAAUCAAGGUGGAGUUUGUUGGGAUAUUUGAUUAAUUAAUCAAAAGAAAAGAAAAAAAGAAAAUCAAAUAUUUUUUAUUUUGGAGAUCUUUCUUUCGGCUAGAUUGGUGAUCAUUUAUCACCUAGCAUGCUUUUGUUGACUUUCUCUUGGGUUGGAUGAUUCUUUUUUUGUUAUAAAAGAUGGAGAUCCUG